GAUCCCCUAUAGUCUACUAUUAAAGUUCUCUCUCUAGAUAGUCUGGACAAAUUUACUUGCUAUAAUAGCCCAUGCCUGCACUAUUGGCCUUUUCAAAAAAUUGGAAAUAAAAUUAAUUUUUGGAUUAAUGUAAUCUUAGCAGGCAUUUAAUCUUAGUAAUCUAUGAAACUAAAGAGUUAAAAAUUAACGUUUCUAUGGUAACUGAUAAUCAACUGCAGUGAAGGCGUGAGUGUGAUUCAUCUAGCACUAUCUAUAAAGCAUCCUUAGAGCUUAUAAUGCAAGACCCACUAAAGAGAAACAAAGCUUUCAAAGAGAGCUACCUGUCCUGCCAAGCACACAAGAAGUACCUCACUCCUUACAAUGUAGAAACACUCAUGACAAGCCUGCAGCAACUGAGGGAACAAACUGUCUCGACCUCAAAGUCCUCAUCAUCAACAUCAAAGAAGCCAAGAUCACAGGAAUGCAGUUUUGUAGACUCGUACCUCCAAUCAGCACUGCCUACUGUGAGUCACAAGCCAUUAAUCACUGAGAACAAACCAUGGAGUAAAGGAGGAAGGAUCAGUGAAAGACUCUCAUUAGGAGAGAGUAGUACUCCCCGAUGCAAGGAAGGAGAAGAGAGAGGUGGGCUAUUGGGUGCUUCACUAUCAUGGGAGAAACCCUCCAUGUCAACAAACACUGGGAUAUUGAGACCAUUGCCUUCAAUAUCACACGAAUCAGGACCAGCUAUAGCAGACAGACCUCACUCCAGCAGUGGCUAUUCCAGUUGCAGCAGAACAAGUACUAGCAUGCAUGAGAUGAGAGGGAACACUAGAGCAUCACUUCGACCAGACUUCCGCAAACUAUUAGAAAUGCCUCGACUAGAGCCUAGCAUAAUCCAGUCCCUCACUAAACCGUGCUCUGAUCCUGCUACUUGUAGGUUAAGUGGGUGUACAUGGAAUACAGAAAGCAAAUCAAGCGAGCAGACUAGCCUAUCAGACAGCCAAGACCUGAGCGAGGGAGAGGAGGAAGAGGAAGAGGAAGGAGAGAGUGACAGCGGAUGGCUAGAAGACGAAGACGAUCUAAUGUCAGACCUAGGAGAAGAUGGCAUAGGAAUAGAGGGAUCACUCUUGUCACGUGGGACCUGGGAAUUAGAAAGCAUAGGAGGAGAAAGCCAUGAAACAGAUAGUGGGCAAUUAUUAAUUAAUGAUCACCUCUCACCUCAUAGUGAGAGAAGAGGAAUCUGCACCAGUGCAAUGAUCCCAGCUAGAGUCUGUUAUCCAGGAGAGAAGGAAGGUGGUGUAUCACCAGCUCUUACUCCCAGUCUUUUCCCUAACCGUCAACCGACAAUACACUUUCCACUGCCAAAAGAAAAUUAUGAGGAAUUAUCCAGUAAAGACAAGUUACUACUGAAGUGGAAGCCUAGCACCAUUACACCAAAUGUCAUUAAGCAUACUUUAAACAAAGUUGGAUUUACAUACACAUCAAAGGCCUCAGAAUGGAUCGGAUACUGGGGAAAACACAUGAAAUCAGAAGGUUUCAAGACAAUAUUACCACAUCAAAAAGUGAAUCACUUGCCUGGUUCUUUUCAAAUUGGUCGUAAGGACAGAUUGUGGAGAAACUUGUCAAAAAUGCAAGCACAUUUUGGGAAGAGGGAUUAUGAUUUUGUUCCGUUGACAUUCGUAUUACCAAGUGAUACAAGGUCUCUCAAGAGAACGUGGGAAGGAACACACAGACAAAAAUGGAUCAUAAAACCACCUGCAUCAGCAAGAGGCAUUGGGAUUCAAGUAGUACACAAGUGGUCGCAAAUACCAAAGAAAAGGCCACUAAUUGUACAAAAGUACAUCUCUGAUCCAUUUCUCAUUAAUGACAGCAAGUUUGAUUUAAGGAUUUACGCUUACGUUAGCUGCAUUGAUCCAUUAACCAUAUACCUGUAUCGCGAUGGACUGGUUAGAUUUGCUACUAAAAAAUACUCACAAUCAAACAGGACAUUGUCAAAUCGAUUUGUGCAUUUAACUAAUUACAGUGUCAAUAAAAAGUUUAUCCUCAUUACAUGUAUUAUUACAUGUUUUUCUAUUAGGGGCUUAUUAGCUUUGUGGGAGUACAUGGAGACUCAAUUAGGCAUAGACCCAUCAUUAGUCUGGAAGAAAAUACAAGACUUAGUCAUUAAAACAAUGAUGAGCUGUGAAGGCUACAUAGCUUCAUUGAUCAAAGCUAAUUGUAGAGACAGUAGUACUGUACAUGAGCUAUUUGGAUUUGAUAUCAUGUUGGACAAGAAUUUGAAGCCAUGGCUAUUAGAGGUCAAUGUGUCGCCAAGUUUACAUUCAAAUUCACAAUUAGAUUACAACAUAAAAGCUCCUAUGAUGAGAGAUCUAUUCAACAUGGCUGGCUUUUCUUUACCAAAAAGUAGCCAAUUCAGCACUACUACAUACAGGUCAAUGACCUCAAAGGAGAGGUUAAAGCAUUCACAUUAUAGUCGUCUAGCUGGACGAGAGUGUGACAGACACAGCAUACUGCGUGAACUGACUCAGCAUGACUACAAGAUACUAACACGAUUUAUAGAUGAAAAUAACAGGCGAGGAGGUUUUAUCAGAAUAUAUCCAACCACAGAAACAAUAGGACACUACACGCCUUACUUCCAAUAUGAGAGAUAUAACAAUAUUCUAGUUGAGGAAUGGUUGAAAGAAUAUGGUAAAAAGCCAGAGCAAGGUAUUUCCUGGCUCAAAUCUGCAAACAUUUGCUAAGUUGCAUCAUUCAUUUUCAUAUGAGGGACUAUUUUAAAGUUUCCCCAUGCCAAGUGAUUUUAUUAAAAUACACAAUAAUAAUAAUUGCUUACAAUGUUAAUGUUAUCUUAAAUUCAAAGUCA